AUGUAUCCUGUUGCAACGGUAGCGCCCCCACCAACGACACAACCACCGCCACCGUCACCCACAAAGCCUCCCUCACCAACUACUACAGCCAUACCCUUGGACAAGGAUGCCCUACUGAAAAGGGCUGCCGAACUCGACAAACUGGCCAAGGACGAAAUCGCCAAGUUUGACAAACUGCAACGUCGGGCACUGGUAUCCAACGUCGAGAGCCUGGACCAGACUCUCCUGGAUUUGGCCGCCAAGAUCAACACUACCUCCGGCGUACUGCCCCUCCAGGUGCUCGAGUCGCAGCUAUUUUGGUUGGAGCGGGAGUUGACACUGGAGAUCGACGCCAUCGAAGCGGCCUAUAAUAUGGUCGUAAAGUUGCUGAACAACGCCCAGCUUUUAGACGCCCGGAUCGAUAAGGGUAUCCAAAAGGUAGGCCCCGACACACCCGUGGGUAAGGCCCUCAAGGAGGAGAAGGAGUCGCUCACGAAAGUGGUGAAUCAGUUAAAGGCGGCCACGGAUGCGAGAACCAUACAGGUGCUCGAGUUUGACCUGGCUCUCAUCGAGGAGAGACUACAGCCGGGUCACUACAUAUUAAUUAUGACAAAACUCUGGAUUUUCCCACCAAAGUGGAACUGGAUGCCAUAG